GUGUGUGUGCGCGCGCGCGCGCGCGCGCGCGACUGUGUGUGUGUAUAGAGGCUGGCCUGGAGUCUCUCAACCUCACCUGCCAGACAACAUCUGCUCCCUCCUCAUCCUGUCUGCUGUAUCCUCCUGAAAUUUCCAUCUCCAUCUUGGCGAGCCCAGACAAUGCCUCCCAACCUCACCGGCUACUACCGCUUUGUCUCGCAGAAGAACAUGGAACAUUACCUGCAAGCCCUAAACAUCGGCAUGGCCUUGCGGAAGAUAGCGCUGCUGCUCAAGCCAGACAAGGAGAUUGACCAUCAGGGCAACCACGUGAUAGUCAAGACCCUCAGCACCUUCCGCAACUACAUUCUGGAAUUCGAUGUGGGAGUUGAGUUUGAAGAAGAUCUAAGGAUCGUGGAUGGACGAAAAUGCCAGACCAUAGUAACCUGGGAGGAGGAGCAGCUAGUAUGUGUGCAGAAAGGGGAGGUCCCCAACCGAGGCUGGAGACACUGGCUGGAGGGAGAGAAACUGUAUCUGGAACUGACUGCAAGGGAUGCAGUGUGCGAGCAGGUCUUCAGGAGGGUCAAAUAGCCAGAGAGGAGCUGAGGGGCCCUCCAGACUGCACUGGUCCCCAGGCUCCUCCGGGGAGGAGGCCUUGUACCCCUUCAAGCCAGAUUGUUCCAGGUCAGCAGUCCCUUUUUUUGGGCCACUUACUCUCCCUCCAGGUCCCUCCUCCCUCCUCCCCACGUUAAUCUAUAACUUGUAGCCCCCAGGCCAAAGUCUUUUGUCACACUCCACUGCCUCACAUCUGGUUCAAGGUCUGGCCUCCUGGAUGAAAGAAACAGGCAAAGGGGAAAGACCCCUUGAGAACAGUGGAUCUCAACUCUCUUCAUUUCAUUUGGUUUCUUCUUUUCCAUCUAAGAAAGAACUAAGCUUUGAGCAUUUGAGGACUAGUAAGAACUCUUCCUGGUGAAACUUCUGGAAAACUGAGUUGGGUUCAAGAAUGUAAACAGGAGC